CAUUUUCCUAGUGUCAGUCGAUAGUGAAAGAGGCAGCAGAAGGUGAAUGUGUUUUUCUGAAUGGAAAGGUGUAUUUUUUCUGGAGCAAUCAUAAACAUCGGCCGACAUUGAAUCAACGUUGAAUAAAAUUUGUGAACAUCUGGAAUUGAAACAGCAAAAUCAUGGAAGCCACUAGCAGUACAGAACGACACCCGGCUGAGCUAAAGAAACAGAUGCGAGAGGACAAACAGCGAGAAGCUAAGAUCCAGGAACAGCUAAAUAAACAACUGAACGGUCUUUCGUUGGAGGAAAAAUUCAACCUCGUCCACAAACGGCUGAUCGAUGCGGAGAAGGAGAACAAACGGCUGCUUACGCUGCACAAGCAGUACGAGCGAAGUCUAGAGGCAAGCAAGAAGGAACGCGAAAGUAUGAUUCUAGAACACAGCAAAGUAGCCAUGACCAAAAGCAAGCUGGAGCAGCUGUGCAGAGAGCUGCAGAAGCAAAAUCGCAUGAUCAAGGACGAGAGUUUGACGAAGAUUAAAGAGGAGGAAGAGAAGCGAAAGGAGACGCAGGCCAAGUUUCAGAAGUCGUUGAAUGAGAUACAGAGUGUGAUGAAUGAGAAUAAUGAGAAAAAUUUGCAACUGAAGGAAGACAACAUGGAAAUGGCUAAGAAGUUUAAAUUUAUCCUGGAACAAUAUGAAUUGAGAGAUCAACAGAUGGACAAGAUGAACAAGCAGAUGGACUUAGUAACUCAGUUGAACGAAGCGAAGCUUGCAAAAGCUCAAAUGGAAAGUGCUGCAGAGAAGGAAAAGUUUUUGGCUGAGAAGGAAAUUAUUAUCACCGAGCUGACAAAAGUGAGAAAGCAGCUGCAGGACCUGCAAAUGGUGGAAGUGCAUCUGCGUGAGCAAGUUAACAUGUAUUCCGACAAAUACGGCGAGUUCCAGGAUUCCCUUAAGAAGAGUCACUCUAUUUUUGUCGGUUACAAGGGUGAUAUGGAAAAGAUGUCGAAAAAAAUCAAAACCUUGGAAAAGGAAACAUCCACGUGGAAGUCCAAAUGGGAACGAAGCAACGCCGCAUUACUGGAACUGGCGUCAGAAAAGCAAAUUCGAGAUGAGCACAUCAUGAAAACAGCCCGGCAGCUAUUUCAGCUGCAGAAACUAUGCCGGACGCUACAAAAUGAACGAACUGCUUACUUCGGGGCAUUGAAGCAGAACAACAUCGAAGUUCCGGAGAUUGUGGAAGUUCCAUGUCAAAUGCCAGAACCGGAACCGGUGUCCGUACCUUCGAAGAAGGAAGACGAUCGUUUGGAAAUUAUGACCAAAAAUUGUUCAGCACUGAAGGAGAAUUUGGCAGCUCUCCAGGGACAAUUGAGUGCUUUUCAAUCACAAUCUGCUGAAGCAAACACGUUGCAAAAUGGUGAAGAGCUAGCCAAUGGAAAAACUACAGCAGACAACAAUGGACAGGCGCAGCAAGGAAAAAAGAAUAAGAAAGAUAGAAAAGGUAAGAAUGGCUCUAAAAAAUCUAAUGAAGAGAAGCCCGUAGAGAAUGGAGUCGCUCCGAAAAGCAAAGAAGAAAAGAUCAAUGAAGAAAAGCCUGCGGAAAAUGAAGUCGUUCAACAUAACAAGGAAGAAACAGGGGUUCCUUCGAUUGAAGACAACGCGGCUGGGGAUAGGGAAUCCUUGGAGCGCACGCAAGAAACUUUGCCAGAAAAUGAAGCUUUGGUGGAAACAAAAGAAGAGAAAAAGACUGUUGUUCCCGUUGUUGAGGAGGUAGAGACGGCUAGCUCGGAAGCAGUAUUCUCUGGAAACACUGCAGAAGAAGUUCAACAGGCAGCGGUUGCUGCAACGUAGACAAUCAACCUUAUGCCAGUCAAACUGUUUUGUUUAGUUUUGAUUAUUUAUUUUUUGAUCCGUGAAAUUUAGGUGUUUAUUUUGACUUCAUCAUCACCUUUGUAGUGUCCGAUGUAUUCAUAACCGCCAACAAGCAAUUUUCUGUUUGUGCAAGUUUUAGUUUUAAUUUUUCGUGUCUACGUUUUACUUUCUGAGCUCCAUGAAACAAUCGUAACAUUCAAUAAAAUAUGUACUGAUUAAAAAAAAACUUAU